AUAUAUCAUUCACUGUCAUUCGCACUCGUGAAACUUGUAACUAGAUUCUGCGGGAUGAAUUAAUUUCGUAUAAUAGUCGGCUGAAAACAGGGCCCGUUUCAUGAGAAUUUUCUCAGGCGUAUCGUAGACGAGAAUUAUUAUCACUCUACGCGUGUAUGCGGGCACCCUAACGUUACGAAUCAUUUUUCCUUCUUGUCUUUCUCUCUAAAAUUCUCGUUUCUUUUUUUUCAGAUGUGGGAUCGAGAAAGAACUGUCUGGGCCAUCGUCUUCUUAGCCAACGUGUUGAUGAAUACCGCGAUCGCUUCGCCGAUCUACGUUGCGCAAUUUAUUCCAGGAAGCACGGGGAGGAAUAUCAGGCACCUGCCCUGUGUGUCCCGCAGAACCGGCGAGACUGGGGUGUGCAUGUUCGCGUUCACGUGUGCCAAAGCGAAUGGAACGCACCUUGGCACUUGCAUCGACCGUUUUUACUUCGGUAGUUGUUGCAAGAUCGACGAAGAGCCCGAUAUUUUCCCUCAAGACAAUAGUAUCGACGAUGGGCCGCCGGCGAGGCCGUUCGUCACGACCCAUGGGCCCAUCGAGAGCUACGACAUACCCGAGUACUUCUCAAGGCCGAAACCGAUCAACGAGAUGAAACCACCUGGAACAACGCUCUCCACCGAGGGUCCAAGCACGGUGACGCACAGCACCCGAGAACCACCGACGACCAUAAAAGACACGACAAAACUCGUAACGAAGAAGCCGAUACUGACGAGCGUCGAAACAACCACGCAACCGGUUCGAUUAUCUACCUUUCAAACCGUGCAGAACUCAUCGAUCCAAGACUCCACGACAAGAAGUCCUCCGAGAAUCACGAGCAGUACCGUCCAAACGACGCAAAAACCAUCCAGCACAGUCACAGAAAUCAUGAACACGACUGGCAAACCUUCCACGUUGAUUUCCACGGUGCCUCCGAGGCCAACGACACUGGAAACCGCGACAAAAGUGCCAUCCACCGCUCAAACGUUUGCUCAAACCACCAAACCGAUUACGAGGAAACCCAUCGUUAACACGUCAACGACUAAAAGGCCAACAUACGCGACGACGCGUAAACCCGUUCAAUCGACCGUCAAUAGACCCACGGAAACCACUUUGAAACCCGUUCAAUCGAGUAGUCAUCAAACGACAGAAUCGACGACGUCGAAAACCGUGUACACCACGACUCAGAGGACCACGCCGAUUACGAGGUUUCCACCAAGAAAUGCGACUACGGCGAGACCGUUAACUCAUGCUACUACUAGGAGACCUACGACGGCUACCAAGAGACCUACGACGAGUAGCAGUACACGGAGACCGACUACCACGAGGAAACCUACUUCACCCACCAAGAGGCCUAGCAAACCAAGUACUUCGACUUCUAGUACUCUGUCUUUUGCAACCACGACGAAACCUACUGUCACGACUGUUAAGGAUCGACCAUCGACCAUCAAGGACCGACCGUCGACUAUUGCAACUACUACAGGAAGCUCCACGAGCGAAACGAAGCCUACGGUAUCUGUCACGGAGACUACCGUUCAGAAGAUUACAACGAGUACAACGAAACCCGUGCAGAAAAUUAAACCGACCACCAUCAGAACCACGACUUCUAGGCCAACCACUACGAGACCGACUACAACCACUUCGAGACCAACUACAACCACUUCGAGGCCAACCACGACUACUUCGAAGCCAACGAAGACCACUUCGAGACCGACAACUACCCCAAGGCCUAAGCCUACGAGAGUCAACGCAACAACCACCAAGCCGCAAACAAAACCUGCGUUCACAACCACCGAGAAAACGGAGUCUCCGUCUUCUAUAGAGACCUUCAAUACCACUGUCACUAAAGUUAGACCAACGACAGAGUCGACGAAACCUACUAAACCAUUCAAGCCCUUGACGACAUCAUCGACUGUGCCUACAGUGACGGAGACCAGUUUCGCUGUGGCGUCUUCUACGGAAGCGUAUGUUCCUUCGACGAAGGUGCCGGUUAAUCAGACCUUGGACGAAGUAUUUCAAACUACUUAUGCACCUGGUAUUGUUACGUGGACCUCGAGUUCGGAUGAUACUACGAAGACUCCGGAGAUUGCGACCACUGAACCGGAUCAAACCGAAAGCGAUUGGACGCCUAUCACCACUCCAGACGGUUGGAUCAUGAUUCAAUUUCCCAGCACGAAGAAACCGGGCGAAACGCAGGCAACCACUGAGAAACCGAUUUCGGAAUCUACGUUGAUAGCAUCGACUUCGGCGAAACCAACAACGGAGGUAACCACGGCGCAGCAUGUGGCGACAACCCUGUCUUCGAUCGCCAGCGUGACGAUAGACGCGGAACUUCCGGUACCAAUGGAAACCCUGAACAUGUCAGACUACAAACAAGUGUGCGGGAGAAGACUGUUUCCGGAGCCUCGUAUAGUCGGUGGCAAUCGUAGCUCCUUCGGAAAAUGGCCUUGGCAAAUCUCAUUACGACAAUGGAGAACGUCGACGUAUUUGCACAAAUGUGGAGCGGCUUUGCUGAACGAGAAUUGGGCCAUAACUGCAGCGCACUGUGUCGAGAACGUACCACCCAGUGAUUUACUGCUGAGAAUCGGCGAGCACGAUCUCGCGAACGAAGACGAGCCAUACGGUUUCCAAGAGAGAAGAGUCCAAAUCGUAGCGAGUCAUCCACAAUUCGAUCCUCGUACAUUCGAAUUCGAUCUCGCCCUCUUAAGAUUCUACGAACCUUUGUUACCCUUCCAACCGAACGUUCUACCAAUUUGUCUGCCUGACGACGACGAAACAUACGUUGGUCGUACUGCUUAUGUCACUGGUUGGGGACGACUUUACGAUGAGGGACCGCUGCCAUCUACUCUUCAGGAAGUGGCGGUGCCGGUCAUCAACAACACCAUGUGCGAGUCCAUGUACAGAAACGCGGGUUACAUAGAACACAUUCCUCAUAUUUUUAUUUGUGCUGGGUGGAAAAAUGGAGGAUCCGAUUCGUGUGAGGGUGACAGUGGAGGACCAAUGGUGAUCCAAAGGGCACGCGACAAGCGAUGGAUCCUAGCCGGAGUAAUUAGCUGGGGAAUCGGGUGUGCGGUUCCCAAUCAACCAGGUGUUUACACCCGCAUCUCCGAGUUCCGUGAAUGGAUCAACCAGAUUCUCCAGUUCUAAGUUCGACGUAAUUUAGAAUGAACGCUUACCAAACUCGUUGGAGUCAACGAAUCUCACACGUGUAUAUACAAAGCAUUCUGUACAAAAUCACAAACAACGUAACUUUCUCCGUGAAGAGAUUUGCGUGCUCGUUGAAGAUGGAAUAUUGUUUUCGCGAAAACUCGAUCAGAUAUGAUAUCUACAAAGUUCGCGAAUGUAGAAUGUACUCGUGCAUGAAUCAACGGGCUAAUCGUGUACAGAAUUUACAUUCCACGUGGCUUAGAAAAUAGCACAUCUUCGAACGAGACCGCCAUUGCAUCGUUCGACCGUGCAAUGCCAUCUUUGGUUACUAUCUCGCAUCGAGGCUAUGGAAAUCGACAAACCAGUGUUCUACGAUGCCAGCAGUGUUUCCUUCGUGAACGUUCGACGAUAAAUGACAUGCAGUGAGUUGAACACUCGACGAAGGUGAUCGACGAAGGAUAAUAGAUACGCGAAUGCGAGCUGUGAACGAGAGUUUAUAUUUGUAUGAUAAUUUAUGGAUGCAGCACCAGAUACGCGUUUCUUUACGAUGUGCAAUACUCGUGAAACCAUGUUGCUCAUAUUAUAUUAAUAUAUUAACGCGUUACGUUAUUCUGAACGAUUUGUGAACGGGCUAGAACAAAAUAAGAAUUGGUCCGACAAACUUACAAAUCCCAAAUUCCAAAAUUUCUCAAUUUUCCAAUUCUCAAAUUUUUGAGACAAACAAGCUUGCAAUUUAAAAAUUUUUACAAUUACUUUCGAACUCCUAAAACUUUCAAACCCCCAAAUUAUAGUGUCCCACAAUCGUACAAAGUUUGCAGAUAAUUCUUGUUUUGAAAUUCAUCCCCCAUCUUGUUAACGAAACGUCAGACAAUACCGGUGCUGAUUGCGUUAAUCUUCUAAGGACUCGAGAAUAUCGGUUGAUAGUUACUCUGAUCGAUUCGAUCUCGAGUAAGAUCGACGAUAACAGAUAAGGGUAUGUUCAUCUAUUUUAUUACACACGAUCGAGCAUUGUGAUACAAGCGUUGCGUGUAAAAGAUAACGCGGAUUGUGUGUGAGAAAAUGAAAAGCGAAUGAACGUCUCUUACACGAACAAAAUCACCUGAUAUUUAAUUUAAUUUAUAUAGAAAUUCAAAUAUAUUAUAUAUAUACAUAUGCAUACCGACGUGUAUACAUAGACAUUGUACGCAAAUAAAAAUCGUGUUAGGUUGUUACAUGUCAGAUGAUCGACACGUGGGGCUCUUACAUUCGAUCACAUAAGAGUAAGAUAAAAUCAUACUUAUAGUUUGGAAAUUGGCGAUAGAAUCUUUGUAACAAUAUAAAAGUCCUUGGUUAUAAUAAGUGAUAACCAUCUUCUAAUCAUAUAGAAUAUACUGUAUUAUAAUCUAACAAGGUUUGAGUGUCAUAAAAAAUACUUAUGUCAUAUCUGAAGCUUAAGAUCACAUAAAACAGCAAAUCGUCUCAGACAUCGGUUAACAAAAUUUUCAGCUCCAAAUCAUUUAAAACAAAUCGUAUGUUUCCUAAUCGAUCAUUUGACGUGCACCGAUCUAACGCAAGAAUAAUUUAUUUAACGUUGCAGUUGGGGCUGCAAGACGGAACCUCAAGCUUGUAAAUAUUCGAUCGAUUGGUGGUGCGUGUUGUAUUCUAUUAUACUCUGUUAUUUUUUACCGUUUCGUUACCCUUCACAUUUGCCCCUCGGCGUCUCUGUAUUUAUCAGUCGUGCAUUAAAAGAAAGAAAAAAAGAGAGAACACAACGUGUCCCUUA